CUGUUCUGUGGAGCAGCUGCAAUACCGACAGCCACCUUGAGCCACUACUUACUCGUGCAUUGGUUCAAAUAAUAGACAGGGGAGAACAAUACCGUAGCUAAUACCUUGUUUCAGUCGCAAAUUUGGAUCCACAUUCUUUUGCAAGGGACGGCACUGUUAAUCACAGAAAACACAGCGACGUUUUAAAAAGUGCAGCACUGGACACACGUGAAAGCAAAAACUGGCGAACAAAAGGGUAAAGCGUUUGUGGUAAUCACCUUUCUGUGGUUAGAUGGUACCUCCCCCUGGAUGAUUCAGUUAUAUUUCUACCUUUUGCAGCUGGUUGCUGAGUGAAAUAGAUUUAUGAUAGGGAGCAUGGAGUUUUCAAGUGGUUGAACUAUUAAACUAAGUUUUGUGAAAGCUACGUUUGUUUUUUUUGCUAGCAAAAACGAAACAAAAAAACAAACCCGGUUUCGUAUGUUUUGCCUCCCGGGACCUGUGAUCUGUAAGGAAGGAUCAGGAUGAGGAAGCCGAAAAUCUGCAGGCUGGUUUUGGCUACAUGUUUCGGGUCUUUUGUCCUUGUGAUUUUUUACUUCCAAAGUAAUUCAAACCCAGCUGCAGAACAAGGGAAUCUUUGGAACGGCUGGCAAGGGAAAGCUGGGAGAAGUCCACUCCAGACCCUCUAUGACAGUGACCAGGGAUGUGAAGAGAAUCACUCCAGGAAUCAAAACCUGCUCUUCCAUGCGUUUGAGCUAUCGGCUGCCCAAGUGACCCACCAGAGCCGGCGAGACCUGCUGGAAAGGACCUGCCAGACCUACACCAGGAAAAGGCGAGUGCUGACCCCCGACGACCUCAAACACCUCAUCGUGGACGACCGCCAUGGGCUUCUGUACUGCUACGUUCCCAAGGUGGCCUGCACCAACUGGAAACGUGUCCUGAUGGUGCUGACAGGUGACGGCAAGUACCGGGAUCCCCUGAAAAUCCCUGCCAAUGAGGCCCACGUUCCCUCGAACCUGCGCACGCUUUCAGAGUACAGCACCUCAGAGAUCAACCACAGGCUGAGGAACUACCUCAAAUUCGCGUUCGUCCGAGAGCCGUUUGAGCGCCUGGUUUCGGCCUACCGCAACAAGUUCACCCGGAAGUACAAUACAGCCUUCCACAAGCGUUACGGGACCAAGAUUGUCAAGCGACACCGGCCAGACCCCAGUGACGAGGCUCUGGAGCACGGGGACGACGUGUCUUUUGAGGAGUUUGUGUACUACCUGGUGGAUCCCCACACCCAGCGUGAGGAGCCCUUCAACGAGCACUGGGAGAGGGUGCACUCGCUCUGCCACCCCUGCAUCAUCCACUAUGACGUGGUGGGCAAGUACGAGACUCUGGACGAGGACGCCCGCUACAUCCUGCAGCUGGCGGGGGUCAGCGAUAGAGUCCAUUUCCCUUCCUCCUCCAAGAGCACUAGAACUACGGAUGACAUGACUGCACAGUUCUUCCACAAAAUCAACCCCUUCUACCAGAAGAAACUCUAUAAUUUGUACAAAAUGGACUUCUUGUUGUUUAACUACUCUUUACCAACCUACUUGAACUUUCGAUGAGAAGCAUUGUCUUUUUUUGAUGUGAUAUUUUACCUAAUGAAUGAUAGGUAUUUGUGGUGGUGGUGGUGUUGAUGGCUGUGUACGCUGAUGUUGAGGAAUUGUGACAUGCCUUCCUCAAAAACUGGAAGUUUUAAAAUAAUUUGCAGGAUGUUAAGACUCUAAAUAAACAUAAUGUUAUUUGUGCAAUACAUCACAAACCUAUUCUUAUAGGAGUGAGUAAACACACACAAAAUAGCCCAUGUAUAGUAUGCAAGAUUGAGGAGCAACUAACCCCAAAACAGACAUUAGCAGAGUAAAGAUGAAGUGUUCGUAUUGUGUGCCAUCCCAACACGUGUAGAACUUCAACAAAGGCAUUUUUUUUUUUUU